AUGUCCUUCAAGCUCCUGCUCGCCACCCUCCCAGCCCUGGCAAUUACCUGCACCGGCCCCGCAAUCAAUGACAACGGCCUUGAUCUAAUCAAGAGCUUUGAGUCCUUCCAACCAAACGUCUACGAUGACGGCUUCGGCAAUCCCACCCUUGGCUACGGCCAUCUCUGCGGCGACUCCACUUGCUCGGAAGUGACAUUCUCAGAGCCAUUGACCGAGGAGACAGCGAGUCAAUUGCUUGCCAGUGACCUAGUGAACUAUCAAGAUGCCGUAACAAACGCCCUUGCCACCGCGGUCAAUCUUAACGACAACCAGUACGCGGCGCUCGUAUCGUGGACUUUCAACGUCGGCAACGGGAACAUGCAGUCAUCCAGUCGGGUUAGUCGCAUGAAUGCCGGUGAAGAUGUGGGGACUGUGGCGUCUGAGGAGCUGGCGAAGUGGAACAAGGCUAAUGGGGGAGUUGUUGCUGGGCUGACGCGCCGGCGGGCCGAGGAGGUGGAGCUGUUUGGUGAGGCUUCUCAGACCGGGGCUUUGCCUGUUGGUUGUUAA